AUGUCCAAAGAAAACACUGAAACAGAAAAUGGUGAAUCCUCCGUAACAACUGAAGAGAUAAGUGAAAAACGAAUAGGUUGUGCUCAUUACAAGCGUAGAGCUAAAUUUGUGACUCCAUGCUGCAACAAACUAUACAUGUGUCGUUACUGCCAUGAUGAAAAAGAGGAACAUUAUUUCAACAGAAAAUCUGUAACAGAGCUCAUCUGUACCGAAUGUGACACAAGACAGAAGGUUCAAGCUAAAUGUAUUAAAUGUGGAGUCACAUUCGGAAAGUACACAUGUCUGAUCUGUAAUCUGUUUGAUGACGAGGACAAGAAGCAGUAUCAUUGUGAUGGAUGUGGUAUAUGUAGAGUGGGCGGCCGGGACAGGUUCUUUCAUUGUGAACGCUGCAACAUGUGUCUGCCGGUACAGUUACAACAAGUCGGACAUAGGUGUGUAGAGAAUGUAUCUCGUGCCAACUGCCCCGUGUGUCUAGAAGACAUUCACACAUCUCGGAUUCCAUGCCACAUACCUGACUGUGGCCACCUCCUUCACCGACCUUGCUUUGAACAGAUGCUUCGCUCGGGACACUACGCCUGCCCCACAUGCCAGACCAGCAUGAUCGAUAUGACCAAUCUCUGGAAUUAUUUGGACUCAGAAGUGGCUGCUACACCGAUGCCACCUGAAUAUGCAAACUAUAAGACAACUAUACUAUGUAAAGAUUGUCACAAGUUGUCGACGGUCAAGUUUCAUGUGGUGGGUCUGAAGUGUCAACAUUGUGGUGGAUACAACACAUGUCAGACAAACGGAUUUCACAAAGAUUCCGGUACAUCAGACCAGUGCGAAACAAACACUCCGUCCUCCAGCCGCAGCGGUUCAAGUUCCAGUCAACCCGACACGACCGAGCAACGUGACGAGAACGACACGACUGACACACGGGAGGAACACGACACGAGCGACACACACGGACACGACCUGCCGCGAGCCAACCCCAUGGACGAGCCACCGCAAGCCUGA